CAGUUCCAGCUGGAUCAUAUAGAUCUAGUCAGCAGGUAUAAAAGUUGGCACGUAAUCGAGAAUGAUUCACUUGGUUACGGACUGUCGCUCGGUCAAGACCUACCCAGUAGAGCUUGAUAUUGUGUAUAGACUAUAACGUGGGAAUAUUUCAUGAUGUCGGUCGCAGUUGAGCCUAUUCCAUUAAUUGAUCCCUCUGAAUAUCGACCUGAGAACAAGAAGGAAAGUGAUUUCAGAGAUUUUCGUAUUCACACCGUCCCCGAAAGAGUAUUCAGGACUUACGAUUUGAUGCACACAAACCAGACACUUGAAUAUGCUAAAAACCGCCUCGAGAGCUGGACAAAAUUUAACCAUGCAGAAAUGACAAUCUUAGAAGCGAUCGAGGCUCUCAAUGGACUGGUCGAUGAGAGCGAUCCUGAUGUUGAUUUUCCAAAUUCGCUACACGCAUUUCAGACAGCCGAGGCAAUACGACAAAAGCACCCGACCAACACAUGGUUCCAAGUGACGGGUUUGAUUCACGACCUCGGCAAGAUGAUGGCACUCUGGGGUGAGCCUCAGUGGGCGGUGGUGGGGGACACCUUUCCCGUUGGAUGUUUACCGGACGAGUCCAUUGUGUUCGGGUUAGAAAGUUUCAGCAAGAACCCCGACAUGAAGAAUGACAAGCUGAACACGAAACUUGGAAUCUACUCUGAAAACUGUGGACUAGCCAACGUGACCAUGUCAUGGGGCCACGACGAAUAUCUGUAUCGUGUCCUCAAAGCUAACGGAUGCACGUUGCCCGAGGAAGCGCUGUACAUGAUUCGCUUUCAUUCCUUUUAUCCCUGGCAUUCGUGCGGUGCCUACAGACACCUGUGCAGCAACAAGGACAUUGACAUGAUGAAAUGGGUCAACGAAUUCAACCAGUUCGACCUGUACACAAAGUCACCAGACAUGCCAGAUGUUGACAGUAUUCUGCCAUAUUACAGCGAACUUGUCGAGAAGUUUUGUCCCGGAAAAUUGCGGUGGUAAAGAGAUAGACUAGGUGAACUUUGAACUCUGAACAGAGGACAUUAAAAUUGGCCAAUAGUUUAGUUUGUUAUCCUCGAUGAAGUGAUCGAUGCCUUGGGAAAUGGUUCAGCGUAUUUUGGCUCCAUGUACUAUCUGCUUUGUUAUUGAUCUGUUCUUCUGUUUACAGCUGUGUAACAACGUUAAGGUAACGUCUGAGGGUCUUCAGGGGAGUGUGUGAAUCACAUUAAAUGGUUGCACGAGUUUUUGCGUAUUGGAAACUGGAUUUUUUCUUUUGAUUAAAUACCUACUUUACAAAGGUAUAAUUCAGAUCUCGAUAGGGAAUCUUAGAUACACAUGUUUUAUUCAUUAGCUGAAUAUGUCCUCAAAUGGCAUAUUGUCAUGGUGAGGUAUGUAGAAUCUAUAGGUCCUAUGGACCAUCUGACAAAGGAUAUAUUUUUUUAUGGAUCAUCUAUUAUUAUGGUGUAUCAGUUAGGUCUUAUUGGGUCUGACACAUGCUAUGAAUUUGACUGGGUAUAUGUUGAAUAUUUGGCUGGAGAGGUAUUUAUUUGUCUCCUCAUGUACCUAUUCCCAGGUUUCUGAUGAGGUACAUCAAUCUAUAUCACUUUGUUUAUAUUGUUAAUCACAAAAUGUGGCACAAAUGUACAUAUCUUGAGAAUACAUUAUUCUGUUACAAUUUUUCAAUUAUGCUUUGCUCAAUUAAUUAAAUAAAUAACCUGAUCUUCUA